UGACCUGGCAACAACAUUCAGAGAGCUGUAACAGGGAGGGGAACCUUCAACAAAAACAAUGCCUUUAAUAUUUAAGAUAGCACUUUAAUAAGCUGUAGUUUUUUAACACUUGAAACGGGUGAUGCAGUUUAUCAGUAGGAAAAAACCGUGGUAGUAUAUUGUGGACGGACCGGUAGCUAGAUAGCUAGCUAGCUAGGAUUACUGAGUCACUAUCUUGUUUUACCAAGCGACUGUGUUUUUGUUGUUGGGUAAACAUCUCAUUUCUGGUGUCUUUUUUAAAUAUUGCUUGCAAUACAACGGUUUUCUCUUUCUUGAACGUUAGCUGGGUGAUAGCAAAUAAUAGGCACGAUUCAAUUGUUUGGCUUCAUGUACAGAACACUGGUUUCAGAUCUUUGAAUAUGUCAUCUGUGUGUUUUGUCGUCGCAGUGAGCACGCUAAAUUUUUCAGGGAAAUGUUGAUGUUUAUUUCAAUACGAUUAUAUUUUUAUGUAUAGUUUAUAUAUAUAUGUAGAACAGUUGGCUGCCUUAAAACGCUAGCUAGUGAUAUAACCAACUCGUUUAAAAAGGCAAGGUUACUUGGGUCUUUGUUUUGAAGCCUCGGACGCUGUAGCUGUAGCUAUAAUUUUCUUGUAUAUUUAGUAACAAACAACUAAGCAUUAACACAGAUACCAUCUGUUCACCUCAAGAUAUUGCAUUUUGUGAUUGAAGAAACACGUAUUUUACACUGUGCCAUAAUUUUAAAAAUUGUAUAUGUCUUCGUUUUGUAUUAUGUUACAAAAACUAUAUGGUGUAAGUAGUUGCAGUAAACAGUUGUAGGAGUCCUCCACAGUUAGAAACGCACAACACCAUGCUACCUUACUGACAAGUCUCAGAAUUUAGAAUAAAGGGAUCAUGCAUUCAACUCUGUAAGGCACCCAAAAAUAACACCAAAAGCAUUUCCUAUCAAACCGUCGCGGAUAGUUAUAUUGUACAAAGCGUAAAUUUAUCGUAAAUUUUUACUACGUGUGGCGUUACAGCAAAAAUAUCGUAGUAUUACUUUAGACAUAUUAAUUUAGUGAUAAACAAUGAGUGGCCAAGGUCCGUCCUCGGAAAAGGGAGUAAACACCAAUUUAGUUUGUCAAGAGAGUUAUGCCUGCGGGGGCUCUGAGGAGGCAGUCUUUGAAUGUGACGAGUGCGGAAGCCUGCAGUGCGUUCGCUGCGAGUUGGAGCUCCACCGCCAGGAGCGUCUGACGAACCACGAGCGCAUUCGGAUUGGACCGGGACAUGUGCCCUUCUGUGACUCCUGCAAGGGAGGCAACGGCAGCCCGGUGAGCGGCAGCCGCAACAGGGCGGUGGUCCGCUGCCAGGGCUGCAAAAUCAACCUGUGCUUGGACUGUCAGAAACGCUCCCAUAGUGGGAUGAACAAAAGAAAGCACCCCCUCACCUCCUACCCUCCACCCAAACCUGCAGAGGCAGACUCCUACGCUGGUGUGGAUGAAGUUGAGGCUCUGAAGGCCAGGCUUUUGGAGAAGGUCACUAGCUUCCUCCUUGUGGAUGAGAAAGAAGAGAUGCAGGUGAAGGAUGAAGAUGAGUUUGUCAAGAAACUCCAGUGCAACCCAGAGCAGCUCCUUAAGGUGGUGUCCAUAUUCGGCAACACGGGGGAGGGUAAGUCCCAUACUCUCAACCACACAUUCUUCCUGGGCAGGGAGGUGUUCAAAACCUCGCCCACCCAGGACUCCUGCACGGUGGGGGUUUGGGCAGCCCUAGACCCCGUCCACAUGGUGGUGGUUAUCGACACGGAGGGGCUGCUGGGGGCAAGCUCCAACCAGGGCCAGCGUACUCGCCUGCUGCUCAAGGUGCUGGCCAUAUCCGACCUGGUGAUCUACCGCACCCACGCCGACCGCCUCCACGACGACCUCUUCAAGUUCCUCGGCGACGCUUCGGAUGCCUACCUAAAGCACUUCACCAAAGAGCUGAAGGCCACCACCGCCCGCUGCGGGCUGGAUGUCCCUCUGUCCACCCUGGGACCUGCUGUCAUCAUCUUCCACGAGACUGUUCAUACCAAACUGCUGGGCUCAGACAAGCCCUCCGAGUCGGCGGAGCGGUUGCUGCAGGAGCGCUUCCGCAAGCUGGGCCGCUUCCCCGAGGCCUUCAGUUCCAUCCAGUACCGCGGCACACGCACCUACAACCCGCCCACAGACUUCAGCGGCCUGCUGCGCAGCCUGGAGCAGCAGCUGGACAACAACACCACCCGCUCCCCCCGCUCCCCACGCGUCAUCUUCAAAGCCCUGCAGGCCCUGAGUGAUCGUUUCAGCGGGGACAUCCCGGACGAGCAACUCGCACACAGCUCCUUCUUCCCCGACGAGUACUUCACCUGCUCUAGCCUGUGCCUCAGCUGUGGCUCCGGGUGCCGGAACAGCAUGAACCACCUGCGGGAGGGCGUGAACCAUGAAGCCAAACACCGCUGCCGCUACUCAGCUCACUAUGACAACCGCGUCUACACUUGCAAGGCGUGCUACGAGGCGGGGAAGGAGGUGAUCGUGGUGCCCAAGACGUCUGCCUCGUCCGACUCGCCCUGGUUAGGCCUGGCCCGAUACGCCUGGUCAGGGUAUGUGAUCGAAUGUCCGAACUGCAGUGUGAUCUACCGGAGUCGGCAGUACUGGUACGGGAACCAGGACCCCGUGGACACAGUGGUCCGCACUGAGAUCCAGCACAUUUGGCCAGGGUCGGACGGCUUCCUGAAGGACAACAGCAACGCGGCGCAGCGCCUGCUGGACGGGGUCAGCUUCAUGGCGCAAUCUGUGUCUGAGCUCAGCGUAAAGCCCGCGAAGGCCGUCACCGCCUGGCUCACGGACCAGAUUGCGCCGGCCUACUGGAAACCCAACUCUCUCAUCCUGACGUGUCACAGGUGCAGAGAGGUCUUCCAGGACAACGACACGAAGCACCACUGCCGCGCCUGCGGGGAGGGCUUCUGCGACAGCUGCUCCUCCAAGACCCGGCCCGUCCCCGAGCGAGGCUGGGGCCUGGCGCCCGUCAGGGUGUGCGACGCCUGCUACGAGCAGAGGGGCCUCCGCCCAGAGCUGCUGGAUGUGGAUUUGGAUGAUGAGGAGGGCGGGACCCUGAUAGCCAGGAAGGUUGGAGAGGCUGUGCAGAACACACUAGGGGCUGUUGCCACAGCCAUAGACAUCCCUCUGGGCCUGGUGAAGGACGCUGCCCGCCCCGCCUACUGGGUGCCCGACCAGGACAUCCUGUCCUGCCACCACUGCCAGCGCGAGUUCACUGCCAAGCUGUCUAAACACCACUGCCGUGCCUGUGGUCAGGGCGUGUGCGACGAGUGCUCCCCCGAGCGCCGCCCCGUUCCGUCCCGAGGCUGGGACCACCCCGUGCGCGUCUGCGCUGACUGUAACCAGAAACCAGGAGACCUCUAGCAGGGCCGGCCCUUCAGUUCUCCCCACGGAACACUGGAGUGAACCCCCCUCCCCGCUCCCCACUCCCUGUAGCCCAGAGUGUAGCGGAGAUGUCCCUCUAUACACAUAGAAUUUCACUCUUCACCGUUUUUAGGUUAUGGGCUUCACAGAGUGACAGGAAUCCCCUCCCCUUCACAGAGUGACAGGAAUCCCCUCCCCCCACCCUAUCCCUUUGUCUGUCUGUCUGUCCAUCCCAAUACAGAGAACAGGAAAGCAGCACAACUGAGUGAGUGGUUAGGAGAUCUUCACCUUCUCCCCAAAUCAUUAACCUUUCUCAUCUGUAAGCUGUCGUUAUUGCUGUUUUUUUAAUGACGUACGUUUAUAGGAAUUUUUAUCGUGGAGCCUGACCUUCCGUUAUCCAGUUAACACUACACUGUCGGUCAGUGAACACUGUGCAGGGAUUUUGCCAUUUGAGUAAUUUUUACUACAGAGCAUGGAGACUCUGUUUUUAUGUUCUGUACUGAUGUCAUUCUGUAGACCCAGGGAGGGUGUGAGCAGGAUCGGUGUAUUCGAGUCAGUCCUAAACACUGCUUCUAAUGGACGCCACAAAAUGUAAGGCAGCGGUAGAACUCAAAGCGAUUCAAAAAGAUUCAACACACAUAGAUGUAGAAUUACUAGAUUGGUCAGCGGUUGUCUUUGGCUCCUAUAAAAUGAUUUUCUCCAGUGUCUUUAGAUGAAGUAUUGAGGGCAUAUGUAUUUGAUGUUCUUGAGUCACGUUGCACACAGCUGUGACUGGAGACACAGUAAGCACACCUACGGUCUUUGGAAAAAAUCCUUGAGAAUAUGUUUCUCCUGGAAUGGCAUGGAAAAGCCACGAAAAGUGGUCAAAUUGCCCACUGUCCAUGAAAUGUCUUGGCAAAUUGCCCACAUCUGAAAUAUGUUCAACUUUCUUGCUAACUCAUUAGCAUGAUGUAUUGCACAUGUAUUAUGAACAUGUCUAGUAAUAUCAGUGUGAUGUUUAUGCUGUCAUAUUGGCUUGUUUGCUGGCAUGUACAGUAGGGCUACUGUCAAAAUUCAUUGGUGACUGGUAUUCAUACGUGUGUGUUCACAUGGAGAAAAAAUGUUUUGAAAGUGAUAUGUCUCACAAAGUGUUUCCCCUGAUUAUAUUUUCAAAGCCCAGUUUCAUGGGACUUGUUGAAAUGAAAAAAAAUAUAUAUAUCAUUAAAUCGUGUAUUUAUCCGUGGUUAAAAACAUGGCUAAAAAAUAUAAAUAUGAUUUGAGUGGGACUGUAGCUUCUAUAUAUUAGUAUAUUAUAAGAGUAUAAGUAUUAGACAUAGGAAAAAAAUAGGGAUAGUUAUAUAUUAGGAAUUUGAAGAAAGAUAUUGAUUUAGUCUUAGUCAUUAUGACAGGGUGACCCUCUCCAUAUUUGCCUGCUCAUUUGAAUGAGUAAAACCUUUCUAGUAAUUCUGUUUCUAUGCUGAGCUGUAAAAACGUGACAUUUGAAUCAAAAUUUGCAAAAGGCGUGUAGCUCGUUGUAAUGAGAAGUAUGGAAAGAAAUUCCCUCUCCUGCCUGUUCUGAGGUGCUUUUAAUUAGAUAACCAGUCAAGGGACCCACGUUGCCUUUAAACUAUGGCUGGUGAGUGGUUGUGUUGAAAUCCCAUCUGUGAGUUAAGGAAGAUCUUUUCAUAGUCUGUUCCUGUUGAUGCUCCCUGCAUUUUAACUUUCAAAUUAUCAGCUGCUAUUUGCAAGCGUUAAGCUCAGGCAUGCAGCAAACGUGAAAAAUGUUGAAACUCCAGGGUAUUCAGCUAUUUCAGCGCAGGUAUGUUAAUGCUUAGGCAUUAUUCUCAUUCUUGAAGGUGGCUCAGUUAAGUUGAAGCACGGACAGGCUGAAUAUUAUUGAUAGGUCUAUAGUUAUCUCUCUAUGAACUGCAUAAGUACCAUUCGUUCUUGACUGGUUCUCCACAAGUCCCCAAAGUAUGCAUUGGCUUCUUGCCCACCUUAGUAAGUGCAGUUUUGUGUGAAUGUGCCAGUCAUGAAAGUUUCGUUCCAUUACCCAUGGUACUUUUUCUGGCCAUUUUCUCUACUGCUUUUCACCUCGCCUCAGGAAGUCCACUGUUAUUUUGGUUUAGUUUCCUGCGAUUUGUGGCAAUUCCCUGAACAGCUUUGGAUUUCAAGGUACCAACCAGGGAAAUGGCUUCAAUGAUGCAUAAAAAUUUGACACUACACUCAUGAAAGAAAUGCAAAAGGAAAAUGUACUUGUAAAACAAAAUUAAACAAGUACAGGUCUUUGCGAACAGUGCAAUAUUAGUCAGAUUAAACCGUGGGCAUAUUAUUUUAGCAGGCGUGUUGUUUGAUUGUUUGAUGUUAACAUUGACUUGCAUGACUGAACAUUAACUUGCUACUUAUAGUACAAGUCUGUAAAGUGCUGGAGUUUCACAUGUUAAAAAUGGCGUGUUGAGACCCCUGUCCCUCAGCCAAAGUAACACCCCUUCAGGCAGUAAGGUAGGUUUUGGAGUUUACCUAAUUUUGGGAUAUCAGGUAAAUUCACUCCAGAGAUGUUGGGAAAACUUGCUCUGGGUGAAUGACGUUAUACUAUGAAUUAUGAGUCGCACCCUUCCUACACACUUCAUUCGCUGUGCGUUCUCCUGUCCUCCAAAACUGGAGGAGGAGAGGGAGGGCUUGUUCUUGUUGGAAGCUUUUACAUUCAUUCCAUUGUUGUGGUCGUUCUCAUUAUUAAGCUGUGAUCUACACUGAUCACGUAUGUAACUAAAGGAGGUGAGGUGAUCUACCAGGGCAGCCAAUGGUGCGUAGCUCUAUUGUCUACAUAGCUAUGUAUUUUCAUGGGGAUUACCUGAAGGUGGGGAAUUACAUUCAAACUGUAGGUUUUUUUUUUUUUUAAAAUAGUUGCCAGUGUUAACCACUGAGUGAAGUGGUCACCAUGACUGGGUUUGCAGCUACAGGGAGUGCGGUUGGUGGUAUUACUUGAUGUGUGCCAGGGUGGUAUAGCAUCUUAUGACUUUUUAUCUGAGUGGUUGACUCACCACUGGAGCGCAUGCAGUUUUAGGAAGUCAAAUGUCCUACCAGUUUCAUUAAUCUACCGUCCUUCUAGUUAGCUGUUCCACUGUUCACCAUGGCACCAAGGUCACUGCGCACACCCUCUUGAGUUUUGAGUUUUAUUUAGUCUCAAAAACUGUGCAAGCUCACUGGUGUCAGCUGGGUGAUGUGCCUGGACUCACGGGUACAAAUGAGAUACUGAAAACAGACUUAACUAACAUGUGGACUGACAUUGCCCACAGACUGAGGAAUGAGAAGGGACGAUCCA